AUGUCCCGCUACACGUUUUCAGCUACUUUGUCGCUAGCCGGCGGGUCGCAGCCACCUGGAGGCAGUGCUGCCAACCAACUGGGAGGCGGAGGGUCCGCCCCCUACUUCGACAGGUCGGCGUCGCGCAACGUGACGGCCCUGCUGGGGAAGACGGCUUACCUCAACUGCAGGGUCUACAACCUCGGCAACAAGACGGUGUCGUGGGUGCGGCACAGGGACGUGCACCUGCUGACGGUGGGCAGGUACACGUACACCAACGACCAGCGGUUCCGCGCCAUCAACCAGCCGCUGAGCAACGACUGGACGCUGCAGCUCAAGUACCCGCAGCACCGCGACGCCGGCGUCUACGAGUGCCAGGUGUCCACCACGCCGCACAUGAGCCACUUCGUGCACCUCAACGUCGUCGAGCCGACGACGGAGAUCGUGGGCGGUCCGGACCUGUACAUCGACCGCGGCAGCACCAUCAACCUGACGUGCGUGGUGCUCUUCAGCCCGGAGCCGCCGGCCUACAUCUACUGGAGCCACAACGACAACAUCAUCAGCUACGACAGCCCGCGGGGCGGCGUGACGGUGAUCACGGAGAAGGGCCCCACCACGACCAGCUUCCUGCUCAUACAGCGCGCCACGCCCGCCGACUCGGGCCGCUACCAGUGCAACCCGUCAAACGCGCAGGCGCGGCCCGUCAACGUGCACGUCCUGCAUGGCGAACACCCGGCGGCGAUGCAGCACGGCAACAGUGGUCGGCGUUCGGCGCCGUCCGGCGGACUCUGCCUGGCUCUGGCUGCGUGGGCGGUGGCGGUCGCUGCCCUCGGCUCGCUUCUGUAG